GACUAAAAUUUGGUCAUAUUUUCUAGCAAGUUUCUUGUUUGGAAUUCUAAGCUCAAAACUGAUUCAACUGUGGAUGGCUACUGUUUUUGGUGAUGACGUCAAUCAUAUAAGUCUCAGCUUUUCAAUUCUGUACUUCAUCUUUUUUUUCUGUGAACUAGUUGGAAUGUCUGGAAUAUUUACCCUCGCCAUUAUGGGCCUAUUUUUAAAUUCUACAAGUUUUAAACCAGGAGUUGAAGCACCCCUUCUCGAGUUCUGGAAUUGUCUAUCAUUUGUUGCUUUUCUUAUGGUGUUUACUUUCGUUGGACUUCUAAUUCCUGCACAUACAUAUUUAUAUGUAUCAUUUUCUGAUGUGUAUUAUUCAUUAAAUGUCUACUUAACACUUAUGGUUUUCAGACUUCUGGUCUUUCUAUUAAUAAGCCCUCUUUUGUCUCGACUUGGUCAUGGUUUCAGCUGGCGCUGGGCAUUCAUAAUGGUCUGGAGUGAAAUGAAAGGGACUCCCAACAUAAACAUGGCCCUUCUGAUUGCCUACUCUGAAUCUUCUCUUGGAUCUGAGAGGGAAAAAUCUCAAAUAUUAUUUCAUGGAGUGUCAGUAUGCUUAAUUGGCAUGAUUAUCAAUAGAUUUAUUUUGCCAAUGGCAGUUAGUGAACUAGGUCUUCGUGAUGUCACAUCAACAAGAUGUAAGUCACUGUAUUACACAUUUCAACAUUUUCAAGAGCUAACCAAAUCUGCAGCCUCGGCACUCAAAUUUGACAAAGACCUUGCCAAUGCAGACUGGAACAUAGUGGAGGAAGCAAUUAUACUUCAAAACCCAUAUGCGUUGAGCCAAGGAGAAACAACAGAACAUCAAAAAGUGAGAUGUCUAGACUGUAACAAGGAAAUAGAUGAGACCCUUAACAUUGAAGCAAUGGAGCUGGCCAACAGGCGUCUCUUGUCGGCACAAAUAGCGAGCUACCAGAGACAAUACAGGGAUGAGAUUCUGUCCCAGAGUGAAGUCCAGGUGCUGGUAGGUGCAGCAGGAAGCUUUGGUGAGAAGGGAGAAUAUAUUAAUGCUGAUACCAUAAAGAAUUAUUCUGAAAGCAAAAAAAUUCUUGUCUUUACUAGAAAAGUAUUGCUCAAUUGGGUGUAUAAUACAAAAAAGGAAAAAGGGAUACCAUCAAGCCAUUGCUUUCUUCGUGGAUGCCAUAGAAUAGUUUUUGCUGAUGAAUUUGAGUAUGUCGGAUACCUUGUAACACUAAUGAAUAUAUUUCCUAUUAUAAUUUCUUGGAUACCUGGGUUAAAUGUUAUCUAUGAGCAUGAAUUAAGACAUGCUAACUACUUUUUUCUUGCAUUUUAUAUUGUGGAGGCCUUACUUAAGGUAGCAGCAAUGAGGAAGGAGUAUUUUUUACAUGCCUGGAACCUAUUUGAGUUAACAGUUACAUUAGUUGGCAUCAUAGAUGUAAUGCUUAUUGAGACAAAUGCUACUAACUCUAGUUAUUAUUUGAUUCAAACUGUGGUUUUUAUAAAAAUUGUUCGAUUUCUUCGCAUUCUACGCAUUUUGAAGCUCGUGACACCAAAGUUGCUGCAAGUAAUAGACAAAAAUAUGAGGCAUCAGCUGUCCUUUAGGUAUGCUAUCCUAAAAGGGUAUGUCCAAGGCGAAGCAGACAUAAUGACCAUAAUCGAUAAGAUUGCAAGUUCUAAACAGAUUAAACAGAUGUUAUUAAGGAGGGUAACGAAGAACACGGGACGUGCUAUGAAAGAACUGGGCUACUUAGAAUACGAUCACCCAGAAAUCGCUGUCACUAUGAAAACAAAGGAAGAGAUUAACGUCAUGCUCAAUUUGGCCAGAGAAAUUAUUAAAGUCUUCAGGUUAAAAGGAAUUCUUCAUAAAAUUGAAGGUUCUGAAAUUAAUAAGUUAAUAACAGCCAGAAAAAGAGAGAUACUUGAUCUUCAACCUAUAUACAAACCGAUUACUGUUGAUGAGGCACUCCAUCAUGUUCCGUGGCUAGAUAAAGACCAAGACUACAUAAGCUUUAUUCAGCUUCAAAGAUCAAAGCCAGGUUUGGGAAUUGACCAAAUAAUCUGGGAGUCAGAGGAGAAAGAUUAUCAGAUAACUUACACAGACUUUGUGAUCAGUGGGGCAAUAAUAGGAGAGCUAAACUGCUUGACUAAUGAACCUAUGAAAUAUUCUGCCACCUGCAAAACUGUAGUGGAGACAUGUUUUAUUGCCAGAAAUCACUUGUAUGAAGCUUUUGAACAACUCUGUCCUCACAUUGAAUAUAAAAUGUGGCUAAAAAUUGGACUUUCUAUUACUGCCAAAAAAAUCAGAGAGCAUUUAUCUUAUGAGGAUUGGAAUUACAAGAUGCAGUUAAAACUCCAUAACAUUUAUGUAAGAGAUAUACCAAAGUGCACCAAAACUGAUAUCUAUGAUGAAACUGUAAUUUAUGUCAUCCUCAUCCAUGGAGCUGUAGAAGAUUGUCAGUUACGAAAAACUUAUAAGGCUCCUUUCUUAAUUCCUAUAACAUGCCAUCAGAUACAAGGCACUGAAGAUUUCACAAAGGUAAUGAUUGUUCAAACUUCAAUUGAUGUGAAAAGAUUCAGAUGGAAGACUAGAAAAGAUAUACCGUCACAAAAACCAUCUCCGUAUGUUCUGCUUAAGGAGACAAAACAUACCAGAAGACAAUUAAAUAACAAUACAAGAUACACUAUGAAUAGUGCCAACUGAAGCUAAAUGAAUUUAAAAGAGAAACAGGUAGAGACCGAGCAUAAACAAAGACUUUGUAGAGAAAGGAAGCAGAUGUUCAGAACAGAAGACACAAGAGAGCGAGACUUUUGAGGAACAAUGACUAGACCGGUCUGGCUAUUGGCUAUUCAAAAUGU